AUGGCAUCAAAAAAAGAACGAAUUUCAACUGAUGCUGCUUUGAACAGAAAUAUGUCGACUGUACCAAGAGAUACUGGUCCAAGAAAUUAUCAAUGCGACGUACAAAAUACAAAAGAAGGCCUUGGAGCAUGCGGUUGGUUUCUUGUUGUAUUAUCCUAUAUUCUUUGUGUAAUUACAUUUCCAUUUUCACUUUGUGUUACUGUAAAAGUUGUACAAGAAUAUGAACGAGUAGUUAUUAUGCGUCUUGGUCGAAUUCUCUCAGGUGGCGCCAAAGGUCCUGGUUUAUUCUUUAUUUUACCAUGUGUUGAUUCAAUAACUAAAGUCGAUUUGCGAACUGUUACUUUCGAUGUUCCUCCUCAAGAAAUUCUUACAAAAGAUUCUGUGACAGUUUCAGUAGAUGCUGUUGUCUAUUUUCGAAUAUGUAAUCCAACAAUCAGCGUAAUUAAUGUCGAAAAUUCAGGUAAUUCAACACAAUUACUUGCAGCAACAACACUUCGUAAUAUUUUGGGUACAAAAACUUUACAAGAAAUUUUAUCUGAUCGUGAAAAUAUUUCACAUUCAAUGCAAGUUCAUCUUGAUGAAGGAACUGAACCAUGGGGAGUUCAAGUCGAACGUGUUGAAGUCAAAGACGUCCGAUUGCCUGUCAGUAUGCAACGUAGUAUGGCUACUGAAGCUGAAGCUGCUCGAGAAGCCCGUGCGAAGGUCAUUGCGGCUGAAGGUGAAAAAAAUGCAUCGCGAUCAUUAAAAGAAGCUGCUGAUAUAAUUAGUGAAAGUCCAAUUGCAUUACAAUUACGCUACCUUCAAACAUUAACACAGGUAGCAGCUGAGAAAAAUUCAACAAUCAUUUUUCCAAUACCUAUCGAACUGUUGAGCUUGGCUAAAUCUCGUGGAUCGCGUACAACUGCGAGUGCUUUUUGA